CCUCCCUGUGGAACAAUUUCAAACCCGUUCGAAAAUCACAGGGCGUAAAAAAAAAAGUGCGAAGUUGGGAGGGGCCCCCUUCUGUCAACGCGAUUAGCGCGCGCAUGAGGUAUACCCGGUUGGCGAUUCCUCUGUUUGGUAACUCCUCUGAUUGGCGACUCCUUUCAUUGGCAACUCCUUUCAUUGGCGACUCCUUUCAUUGGCGACUCUUUCCUUUGGACCAACUUGACCUCCUUCCUUUCACUUCUUUUCCCCACGGUGAGAGAUGCGGGACCGACGCGCGAAGGCGCGGCCAAAGAUGGGACACUACCACGUGGGUGUGCACAGAUGGAAUGGAAAGGGAGGGGCCGCUGGCGAUGCGGUGAAAAGUCGCCAGGUGUACAACCCUAUGGGAACACACCCUCGCAGCGCCAACUGCCAUAUAGGAAUCUCCAACGGGGAAAACUUACACCUUUGCGAAAGGGGGGGAGACCAGUCGCGUCCCCCUAAUCGGAUUGAUCUUUGCGGGUGUACCUACUUGUGUGAAAUUUUUUUUUCUUUUUUUCCCCCGCCCCUGAGUUAAGCAUUUCCAAAAUGGUGUGUACGGACGGACUGCUUAUCGUCCAUGUUUAGAAAAAAAAAAAAAAUAACAUCCUGGAGAAUGCCUCCCCACCUAACGUCGAUUUUAAUUUUUCUACCGAUCGGUUAACGCAAAGUAGUUU